GAGCUACUCUUUUUUUUCUCCUUUGAGUUCACAACCAAAUAAUGGCGCCAAAAUAUACUUCCCUCAUUUUCCUCUUCCUUCUCCUUAACUCUUUUUCAUACUCUUUCGGAGGGGGUCAUGACUAUCAUGACGCCCUCCGAAAGAGUAUCCUCUUUUUCGAAGGACAACGAUCUGGAAAACUCCCUCCGGAUCAACGUAUCAAAUGGCGUAGAGACUCCGCAUUGCACGACGGUGCCUCCGCCGGAGUUGAUUUGACAGGAGGUUAUUACGAUGCGGGAGAUAAUGUAAAAUUUGUAUUUCCAAUGGCGUUUACAACGACAUUGUUAUCGUGGAGCAUAAUAGACUUUAAAAGGAACAUAGGGAACGAAUUGGGGAACGCAGUGAAGGCGGUGAAAUGGGGGACGGAUUUUCUGUUAAAAGCGACGGCGAAGGAAGGAGUGAUAUAUGUUCAAGUAGGUGAUGCAUUUUCAGAUCAUAGUUGUUGGGAGAGACCAGAAGAUAUGGAUACUUUAAGAACUGUUUAUAAAAUUGAUGAGAAUCAUCCCGGUUCCGAAGUCGCCGGUGAAAUCGCUGCUGCAUUAGCCGCUGCUUCCAUUGUUUUCCGAUCACUGGACUCUUCGUACUCAAAUCUACUACUUGAUCGCGCUGUUAAAGUUUUCGAUUUUGCCAAUAGGCAUAGAGGUGCAUACAGCUCCAGCCUACACUCUGCUGUUUGCCCUUUCUAUUGUGACUUUGAUGGUUACCAGGAUGAAUUGCUUUGGGGUGCAGCAUGGUUACACAAAGCAACAAGAAGAAGGCAAUAUAGAGAGUACAUAGUGAAAAAUGAGGUUAUUUUAAGAGCUGGAGAUACAAUUAAUGAAUUUGGUUGGGAUAACAAACAUGCUGGUAUUAAUGUUCUCAUUUCCAAGGAAGUGUUAAUGGGAAAAGCACCAGAUCUAAAAUCAUUUCAAGUAAAUGCAGAUGCUUUCAUUUGCUCAAUAUUACCUGGAAUUUCUCAUCCCCAAGUUCAAUAUUCUCCAGGUGGACUCAUUGUCAAACCUGGGGUUUGUAACAUGCAGCAUGUGACAUCUUUGUCCUUCCUACUCUUAACUUAUUCUAAUUAUCUUAGUCAUGCCAAUCAUGUUGUGCCAUGUGGUUCCAUGACAGCCACCCCUGCCCUCCUCAAACACAUUGCCAAACGUCAGGUGGAUUAUAUUCUUGGAGAUAAUCCUCAAAGAAUGUCAUAUAUGGUAGGGUAUGGUCCACAUUACCCACUAAGGAUUCACCAUAGGGGCAGCUCAGUACCAUCUGUGGCCGCACAUUCAGCACGUAUAGGUUGCAAAGAAGGAUCGCACUACUUUUUUUCACCCAAUCCAAAUCCAAAUCGCUUAAUUGGCGCUGUUGUUGGGGGGCCAAAUUUAACAGAUUCGUUCCCAGACGCGAGGCCCUUUUUUCAAGAAUCUGAGCCCACAACAUAUGUUAAUGCACCAUUGGUGGGCCUAUUGGCUUACUUUUCAGCCCAUCCUAAUUGAUGGAUUAAUUUACUCAUAUGACAUGUGUAAAGAGAGAAUGUAGUGGUGUGCAAAGGCCACCCUCUCUAUUAUUGUGUUGUUGUCUAAUGAACAAUGUACUAGGACUAAUGUUUUUUUCCACUAUAUAUUGUAUUAUGACAAUUGCCAACUAUAUAUAUUAUUAAUACAAAAAGGAAUGUCUUAUCCAUGUGCCUACAAA